AUGCCCAACCUCGACGGCCCCCAAGUCUGGUCCUUCAUGGUCCGAACCGCCCAAAUCUCAAUCGCCCUCGCAGGAAUCUCCCUCGUAACAUCCUUCCACGAAGACACCCUGGACAACUACAACGCCUUCACCUCCCCCAACUACAUCAACUUCCUCCUGGCCGUCUUCGUCUUCGGCGUCCUGGCUCCCCUCAUCUCCCUUUUCAUCCUCCUCGAAACACUAUCCACCAACCGUCUCGGCGCGAGACAGAACCUUAUCAUCUUUAUUUUCGAGAUGGUGUUAUGGGUCGCGUGGGUAUUUACUGCGAUUUCGAUGCUGAUGAGGUGUCUGGGGAAGAGUUGUUUUAAGGCUUAUGCCGGGCCGUGUGUGUUGGCGUUCCCGAUUUCGCUGUUGGGGUUUUUGGAAUUGUGA